CCUUCUUCCUCUGAGGCUGGAAGUAAGGGUUUUGACAGACACAUUCAUUGGACGAGUACAUCUUACACUAUAACGGGUGACUCCGGUAGUGGAUGAAGCGAUCCGGUGGCUUUAAAAUGCAUUCUUAGAAAUACCGGCUUUACACCCAUCUGUAGAUUAUUCACAUUGACAUCCGCAGCUCGGAAAGAGAACACAAAAGACACGAUUGCCUGGGAGAAAGCAACCGGCGAUUCAGUAUGUCGGCUAGCGCGGUUUAUGUUCUGGACUUGAAAGGAAAGGUCCUGAUCUGCCGCAAUUACCGUGGUGAUGUGGACAUGUCAGAAAUUGAGCAUUUUAUGCCCAUUUUGAUGGACAAGGAAGAGGAAGGAACAUUGUCUCCAAUCCUUGCCCAUGGUGGAGUGCGGUUCAUGUGGAUUAAACACAACAAUUUGUACCUUGUCGCCACAUCCAAGAAGAAUGCCUGUGUAUCGUUGGUCUUUUCUUUUUUGUACAAGAUUGUCCAGGUCUUUUCAGAAUACUUCAAAGAAUUGGAAGAAGAAAGCAUUAGAGACAACUUUGUUAUCAUCUAUGAACUAAUGGACGAGCUCAUGGAUUUUGGCUACCCCCAGACCACAGAUAGCAAGAUUCUUCAAGAGUACAUCACCCAGGAGGGACACAAACUGGACACUGGAGCCCCUCGGCCCCCUGCCACCGUUACCAAUGCUGUCUCAUGGAGGUCAGAGGGCAUCAAGUACAGGAAAAAUGAAGUCUUCCUGGACGUGAUUGAAUCCGUCAACCUUUUGGUUAGCGCCAAUGGAAACGUACUGCGCAGUGAGAUUGUAGGAUCCAUCAAAAUGAGAGUGUUCCUGUCUGGCAUGCCAGAACUGAGACUUGGCUUGAAUGAUAAGGUCCUGUUUGAAAACACUGGACGUGGGAAGAGUAAAUCUGUGGAGCUGGAAGAUGUGAAGUUCCACCAAUGUGUGCGACUCUCUCGUUUCGAAAAUGACCGAACCAUUUCCUUCAUUCCUCCGGAUGGCGAGUUUGAGCUUAUGUCUUACAGACUCAACACACAUGUGAAACCACUGAUCUGGAUUGAGUCUGUUAUCGAGAAGCACUCACAUAGCCGCAUUGAAUACAUGAUAAAGGCAAAAAGUCAGUUCAAACGAAGGUCCACCGCCAACAAUGUUGAAAUCCACAUUCCAGUUCCUAAUGAUGCAGACUCGCCUAAAUUCAAAACUACCGUGGGCAGCGUCAAAUGGGUUCCAGAGAACAGUGAAAUAGUCUGGUCCAUUAAAUCCUUUCCAGGUGGCAAAGAGUAUUUGAUGAGGGCUCACUUUGGCCUUCCAUCUGUAGAAGCAGAAGACAAAGAGGGAAAGCCACCAAUCAGCGUCAAGUUUGAAAUUCCUUAUUUCACCACUUCAGGAAUCCAGGUUCGUUACCUGAAAAUUAUUGAAAAGAGUGGCUACCAGGCUUUACCAUGGGUUCGAUACAUCACCCAGAAUGGAGACUAUCAGCUCCGAACUCAAUAAUGGAGGCCUUUUGCAUUGCUUGAUCAGCACCUGGGAGCAGCUUUUGAGGGUCUUGGGAGCCCCCCUGGGUGGAUAUCUCUGUGGCGUCUUUGUUAUGGACUUAUCAGAUCAUCUCCAACUUUGUUAUAUUUUUUUUUUUUAUGUGAGUGCAGGUGGGCUCUGAAGUAUCCAUUCGAGACCCCCUCUGCAUUGACAUGCCAGUAUUUUUUUUCUCCUUUCCCUCUUGAGUUCUGUUGUUUGUCUGUUACUAACUUUUAUUUUCCCAAAACCUGAUGUCCUGCUUUCUAACCUCCAUAUAUAAACACUUUUUAGCGCCUGCAGAUGUAAAUCACUGCCAUGUUUUUGUUAGCAUUCUAUCCCACCAGAAAAUGUGAUUGCCACUGUCUUACAUGUGUAUGACAGUUUGACUUAUUCCUUCUUUUGCAGAUCACACCAGUAUGCCUUUCUUUUUCCUUCCCAGUCAGUAUUUUUUAUUUUUUUAUUUUGAAGUAUUACUUGGUUAAGCAGUUCAAAUUUGCUUCUGCCUGCCCUGCAAUGUGGGGUUUUUUUUUUGGAGAUGGGGCAGUUAUAUCCAUCUUCACUUCACACUCUGUCCCCCACACUCGACCACGUGCGGCAGGCUUCAGACUACGAGAACCUGAAGAGUAGCAGCGAGGUGUCAGGUUUUUUUCCCCCCUGCUGUGAUCUUGAAGAAGGCUAAAUCCCGCUUGGUGCCGUGGUAUUCAUCGAGCUUGUUUUGGGAGUGAGGGGUGUGCGUGUCAUCUUGUGUAUCAAUCAGUGUGUGAAAGGCACACUCUGUUACAUUAGACAUUAAAAUAUCAAUCCUCUGUCUCA